CCCGCGGCACAAGCGCUCUGUGACUUCUUGUGAACCCGACUGGACACUGAGAGAAAUGUCUGUGUGGAGUGUAGCUGCUAUACUAAACUAGCUAGGGACUUAUAUUGCUCAAUUCAAAUAUACCUGGCAAGUCGGAAGAAAUGCCCUGCUAAAAAGCACAUCGGUUCGAGUCUGUAGCGAUCGGGCAAUGGGCGCCAGCGCUCCUUAUUAGCUGCUGGCUACUGGGCUAGCAUGGUUUUAUCAAAUGUUAAACACAUCAUUCAGCCGUUUGACAUCAGCUGAGCUGCUCUUUGCCGCUGUCAUUUCGUAUCGCAGAUCGGCAGUAAACGUGAACAAUGGAGGAAGUUGAUAAGAUUUUGAUCCACGCACUCCGACAAAGCGGCACAGGGGUGGCUGAAGACAUUCAGAGUGUGAAACAGUUCACCAGCGAGCUGAUCGUGGAGGCGGUGGUGCGAUGUGUCCGGGUCAUCAACCCCGCCCUGGGAGGGGGGCUGUCGCCGUCGCUGCCCCCCGGCAUGUCUGCCCGCUUCCGGGUAGGGAUGGGCUUGGCACAGGCCUGUCAGGACCUGGGCUACAAGGGCGAGAUCGGCUACCAGACCUUCCUGUACAGCAACGAGCCGGAGAUCCGCGCCCUGCUCAUGUUCCUGGUGGAGAAGCUGCCCAGAGAGAGCGCCGAGGCGUCGGAUCAACCCGCAGGUAAAUCAGUGGUGCUCCAGAGAGCUAUUGCCGCUAAAAUCAAAGCCCAACUCGCCCUCCCUUGGCUGCCCCACAACUGCAGGCUGCCUCUCCUUUGUAAAACACAGAGUGCUGGACCGUCCCGGAGUCUCCGAACUCAGCCGCUGAGUUUACCGUACAGCAACAAAUCUACAGGGAGGGCGUCAUCCAAAGCAUCGAGGGAGUACCAGAGGGACGUGCUCCUGCCCGUCACAGCUCAGCCCCCCCACCGGGGGGCGCUGGUGGCGUCCCUGCUGGAGCAGCACACGGCCGAGCUCAGCGCUGCCCAGGAGUGGGACAGCGAGUGGAACAGCCAGGGGCUGCUGUCACGCCUCACGCCGGAGGAGUACCGCUCCAGAAAGGCGGCCCGCCUGCAGAAGCGGAUCCAGGAGCAGCUGAGCUCGGCGCCCGGCACGCCGUCCCCGGGCUCCGGGGGGGCGGGCUCCGGGGGGGCGGGCUCCGACCUGGCCCAGCUGCUGCUCUCCUUCCAGGGUGCGGGCCCCGGGGACCUGCUGCCUAAGGGGACCCACUUCACCCACACCCAGAAGUUCACCUUCACACAGGACCCGGGGUUGCUGGUGGAGCAGAUGGCGGCGGUGGCCAGCUCCAUGCCCCUGGGGGGCCAGUCGGAGGGAGAGCUGCGGGCCUGCCAGCAGGCGGAGCUGGGGGAGCUGGAGGAGCGGCUCCAGCAGGUGGCGUUGGGCAGUGAGCGGCUCAGCGACCGCAUGAAGCAGAUGAACCUCGGCGUGGCCCAGGUGACCCAUGAGCUGAAGGAGCGGGAGCGGGCCAACCAGGAGAAGGAGGACAGCCUGCAGGUGAAGAGGCAGACGGUGGAGCUGCUGCCCGACGCCCACAACAACCUGGCAAAGCUCCAGACGCUGGUGGAGGCGAGUGCUAAGCGUCUGGUGGGCCUGGCCGCCCAGUGGGAGAAGCACCGCGACCCACUCAUCCAGGAGCACCGCCGACUCAAGGAGCUCUGCACCAAUCAGGAUGUGGAGUCCUCGAGGCAGCUCUCUGAGAUCAAGGACCUUCACGAGAAGAUCAGGGAGACUGCAGAGAAGGCCAAGAAGAAGGAGUCCGUCUACAAGCAGCUGAUCUCUGAGCUGGAGAACCUUCCCAAAGACGUCUCCCGCUCGGCCUACACGCUGAGGAUCCUGGAGAUCGUUGGCAACAUCAAGAAGCAGAAGGAGGAGAUCACCAAGAUUUUGUCGGACACCAAGGAGUUGCAGAAGGAGAUCAACAAUCUGACGGGAAAACUGGACAGGACGUUCGCUGUCACCGAUGAGCUGGUCUUCAAGGAUGCCAAAAAAGAUGAAUCCGUCCGAAAAUCCUACAAGUACCUGGCUGCACUGCACGAAAACUGCAGCCAGCUGAUACAGACCAUUGAAGACACCGGGACAAUACUGAGGGAGAUCCGGGAUCUAGAAGAGCAGAUUGAGACGGAGAGCGGCAACAAGACGGUGGCCAACCUGGAGAGGAUCCUGGCGGACUACAAGGCCGUCCGAGAGGAGAACUCUGCUCUGGGGUCCAAAGUGAGAGAAGGUUGACGGUUCACUGCUCCCCUUGCCCCCGGCCCACGCCUACACGUUAACCCCAAGCUGUGCCCACGGCAGAGAUGGAACAGAGCUACCGCCCCGUUGUGGACUCAACCAGGACGGGUUAGGGUUAACUCAACCAGGACGGGUUAGGGUUAACUCAACCAGGACGGGUUAGGGUUAGGGUUAACUCAACCAGGACGGGUUAGGGUUAACUCAACCAGGACGGGUUAUGGUUAACUCAACCAGGACGGGUUAGGGUUAGGGUUAACUCAACCAGGACGGGUUGGGGUUAGGGUUAACUCAACCAGGACGGUAGCUCGACCUCGCAGCACUAAAGGCAUUUUUUCUGAGAGACAACGAUGACGACUUUUGUGUUUUCACACGGAUGUCAUGUGGACUGCCACAGUACUUCUCCGGGAAGGGUCGGCACGACCGGGUUUUUUAUUUCCAUACCUUCUUGCGAGACGCCGGGCAACACGCAGAUACCCUGUGAUGUUUUUUCUACUUCUAAGAGUUUCUACUUUCACUCGAUUCUGUGGGCUGCGCUCUUCUGUAGUGACCCUGGGUGGUGGAACAUUUCUUCUGAUCUUGAGCUAUUUACAGCAAUCAUUCCCACUAAUCUACGUUAAGCACUAAUGAGAAUUAUGUUGCAGUUUUUGUGUUUUCAUUUUGCACCGGUAAAGUGUAUGACAUUUUGAUUUGAGUCAUUCAUACCUUUAAUAUAUAUUGCUUGACUUAAAUCAUCAAACUGCUUCUCAUAUGGUAUGUCAUAUACUAUUAAAAAGCCUUAAAAAUGUUUGUUGCCAAUAAUUUAAAAAAAUAUGAAAUUCUAAGAAUUCAUAGACUUAAUGUCCAAUGCAUUCUAUGUAUUUUUCUUCUACAUUGAUGCAUUUUAUUUUAUUCACUGCAGUGGUCUUACACAUGGUAAUGUAACUCUUCAUUUAGUUUAGUUUGUUACUGUCAUAGAACUAACAAGAAUGUAUUGCUUUUAUUUGCAGUCUUUUAUUCAGUAAUGGAACCCAUUUGUAGUUUAUUUUAUAUAGUUCAUGCUGCCUUGAAAGCAAAACGCUGCUUAAAGUAUUUUGUCUUUGGAACCAUGCUCUGACUUCUCCUUGUCCUAUAUGCUGGAGAAGAGAUCGUCUGUCCUCAGAUUCAAGGUGGACUAAUGUCCAUCAAAUGAUUUAUAUGAAUAAAACUGAUAGAAAUCAAUGGCUGAAGUGAAUGAAUUACCCUUUAAACGUGUGUGACUUGGCAUAAAAAUAAUCAUUCAUAUGCCAAGUUCCAAUAUUGUCUCAAAGGUUUCUGUUUUGAGAAUGAAGAUCUUGCAUCAUCACUAGCUAGAAUGUGUCUUUUGCUUUUCAAUCCGAAAUAGGCUAUUAAUGGAAAGAUGCCAAAAUCUUGUAAUAGCAUAGAACAAAGGAUAAUACAUUUUGUUAUUCUGAAUGUCACUGCGUUUAUUCAAUUAAUCAGAAUAUUUUUUAUAAAAUAUUUAGUAGCCUCGAAGUGUUCCACAUCUAUUUAGUGAACAAAUACUGUGAACUGUCCAUUGUAAACCGCCUAACCACAUUAUUUUGUCACCUUCCAAUUUAAAUACUUAGGAUUGUCAAAUCAAUAAAGAUAUGAAGGCUA